UCUUUCACGCACGUGUACGACACUAUAGGGACACGUAUACCGCACUGGUUGUGCACGUGAUCACCGGCAGCGAACGUUUCCGCAGCAAUUACGCGAGUACCGGAAACCGUACGCGAGAACUGGGAGGGUAUCCCACUUCUGAGCUGUAAGAAUGUGAAAUAAAAUUUUGAACUUUCCGCUUAAAAAGGUAAUAAAGUUUAUUCGAAUGAGACUCUAUUCUUCUUUAGUUUUAUGUACUUUGUCAAGAUGUCCGAUCGCGGGAAGACGUGCACGUCGUAUGCUUUCGCGCGAGGAUAAUACAGGAAGGUUUAGGCAAGAAACUUCACUCCGGGUUACUUGAACGAUUACUUUGCUUUAUUGAGACAGAUUAGCUUAGCGGACGCGGCGUAACUGUGAGAACGAGCACCGGCGCGAAACCGGAGGAGUCAGCCCGCACGUCUGACUCCGACAAUUGGAAGUACUCGUCUGCUGUUACUCCGAUUUUCAAAAUGGAGCAUUCACCCUUAGCGACAGGGGCGCCGCUAAAGGCCGCGCGCAUAAUCAUGAUCGAUAGCGAUCGAUCAUAUCGAUUGCUUGUAACCGGCGCGCUGAUAUCGGUGAAUCAGGCGCGCCAACUUUGAAAUGCCUAAAUACUGGUUAAUCGCUUACAAUAUGUAUGUAGAAAGCUCUUUUAAAGAAAAUGGAGAUACGUCGGAGAUACGUAUUAAGUCGAUGUGAAAGAUUUCUAGUUUUUUUUUUAUCGAGUUUUAUAUUGAACGGCGCUGGAAAAACUAAGUGCGCAGAUUGUUUGAUUCAUUAAACUAAUUUGCAGAUCGUGUCGAUAAAGUGCGAGGUUGAACGACGGCCGAGUUAUUAUCUCUCUCUCUCUCUCUCUCUCUCUCCCUCCAUUCCUCUCUUCCUAUCUCUUUCUUACCGUAUCAUGAUUCUGCGCACGAUGCGAAUGGAGAGAGGGAAAAUCGGGGUAAAGUAAGGCCUAAAAUGAACUCGUUCAAUUCGGAGCCAGAUGGCUAUCCUGAAUACUCAGAGCGCGCUCGUAACUUUGCGCGUGCAAAUUUCUCAGCAAAUUUACAGGGAAUCGAACUUCGCUAGAAAGACGUCGUAGAACCUACAGGAAGUUCCAUUAUAGAAUGACGAGGUUAACGAAGCGCUAUAUAGUUUGCGGACCGCCGGUUUUAACUAGCCUAGAAUUAGCAUCUCUUUUCGAUUACGAUAUGCUCCUCUUUGUAACGCACAGAGGCGAAGGCAGAGAAACAGGCAUUAAGGUGCCGAUAUGUCAGUUAAUAUUAGAACGGCCGUGGGUGGGGCGCGGCGGCCACGAUUAUUAAAAAUUCACACGUAUAUCAGCGAUCGAUCGGUCCUUUCAAAGAGUAGAGAAAGAGAAAGAGGAGGAAGAGAGACAGAAGAGAGGAAGAGGUCAACCGGCGGAUGCGGAGUGCGAUAACGAUGAGAGCCAUUCAAUCGGGCCCGCGUACGCGAACGUCAUCAGUCACGGUCGACUGCGCCUUCGAAAAAAAAUGCCGGACAUUCCAGCGAAGCGUUCGACCGUCCGUUAAACCCGAGCGCCACGAGAAGCGAAGAAAGAUCCAUCCACUAACGAACACGAACUAAAAAAAAUCGUUGUCGCGGUUGCCGUCAGCGAUACAACAGUGUGGGAUCGCGUCGUGUGUCACGACGAAUUAGCAAUACUAGUGUCUCUGUCGGCGCGCGGCGACACCGUCGGCACUUGGCCGUCAACUCGGCUGGCGAGCGAGCUGAGAUCUUCCCUCCCGCGGGUCUCUUGCCAAGUUACCACCGAUGGAAGGCUGCCUUCAGUGCCUUCUUCCUUAGUUUCCUUACUGGUGUGGCACGCGUUACGACCGGUCACGCCGCGAUCAUUGUGGGGCGCAGUUGCAGUCGCGACGCGAUUGGGAAUCGUGUAUGGCGCGCGCGCGCGCGCGCGCGCAUCCGUCUCGUUCUUUCUCGUUCCUCGCAUCAGGAACCGUGAGAUUCGUGAGGGUCAUGAAGUGUCAAGUGAGAGGACCGCGCGGGUAGAUUUGGCUAGAUCGAUGGUGCGUGAUCGCGCUUCACGGCCGUCCAUACGCGACGUCGUCGUGUCCUAUUCGGCCUCGUUGCGCGCGGCGACCCGCAGUAACGGGCAGAAGUGAUUAGCUAUCGGGGAGUCAUCGGCGACGACGGAUGCGAGCAGCGAGUGUCGUUCCUGGCAGAAGAGCGCCACGCCGGCACGUCGCGAUGUCGCGUUUCGCCUGCGUUCCACCGCCGCACCGCCGUGGCGCGCGUUAAUCGCCUCCGCUCCACCGCGUAAUUCGCCGCCGCGAUGGAGUAUGGACUGACACGUCUCUCUGUCUCCGUCGUGCGAGCCGAUCGUCGGAAGAUGUGGUGAAACGCACCGCCCCGCGUUGUAACAACGGGUACGACGACGUGUAAACACGCACCGCCUGUGUCUCGCGUGUGGGAUUCCUCGCAGCGCACAUCCAGCGUUUCCUGGACAGUUUUAUUAUUCUCUUCCGUGAACUAGUCCAGACCGUCACUGCAUUCGUCGGCUUUAUGACGCGGAAAAGAUGUAGCGUGUGUCACUGCGUGUCAAAUUGAGGUAUCACGAUUACGGAUUGUAGAUCCUAGAUUUUGCAAUGAGCUCGCAACCAAUUGUGGUGCCCGGUGGAGAGCAUCAUCGUCUUCAGCCGGAGACUCAUUCUGUAUCUGUUGGAAGUUCAGCAGACACUUACAAGACCAUGACACCGCCAAACGUCAGCCGAUCCCUCAGUCAACCAGCGGAUCGGCAACCUCGAAGAAGCAGCAUCCAAGCACAGUCUGCACCAUUACCUAAACUUCCAUCAACUGAGUCCCUUUCAACAAGCAUAAAUAUUACAGCCGGUGCACCUCCAGUUUCUCCAGGAAUCUCUGGAAUAGGCGAAGGUAGUCAAAAAAUGGACAAUUCAUCAGACAAGUCGUUGGAUUCUUGCAAAUUAACGCGAAAGGAAUCGUAUAAGGCUCAGAGAAAGAAUUAUCGAAUGGAAAAGAAACGAGUAGCCAACGAACUUUUAAGUUCUUUCAAAGAUCCAACCGUUAUUGUUAUGAGUGAUUGGUUAAAAGUUCGUGGCACAUUGAAAAGUUGGACCAAGUUAUGGUGCGUUCUGAAACCUGGAUUACUGCUGCUGUACAAAAGUCCAAAAACGAAGAGUAACCAUUGGGUGGGAACGGUAUUACUCAAUACGUGUCAAGUUAUAGAACGUCCGAGUAAAAAAGAUGGAUUUUGUUUUAAAUUAUUUCAUCCUUUGGAGCAAUCUAUAUGGGCCCCUCGAGGACCAGAAAAAGAAGCUAUUGGUGCUGUUGUACAACCUUUGCCAACAUCUUACUUAAUUUUUCGAGCACCGUCCCAAGCAGCAGGCAAAUGUUGGUUGGAUGCACUUGAAUUGUCGUUGCGUUGUUCUUCGUUAAUAGUACGUUCGACAAGCGCAUUACCGCGUCCUUUACCGCACGAUGCAACCACCACUCAUGAAACUCAAUGGAGCGAGGCUGAUUAUGAAAAGCACUUUGAUGAUCAUGAGUAUGAUGAUACCCGUCAAGUAGUAACGCUAGAUCCUGUGUACACCUCGCAUAUAGACCUGGACGAUAUUAGUCAGCCGGAGAAUGGAGUAGUAGCUGAUGCUGAAAUCAGUGCCUCGGACAGUGAAUCUGAGGCGUCGGCCAAGGAAGAUCAAUCAGAGCCAAUCACCGAAACACCAUAUGUAGCUAAUGAAAAUGAAGUUCUUGGAACGGCCGGCGAAGUCGUUACGGAACUGCAAGAAGAGCAAAAGUCUUUGAUAUGGUUUUUAAUGAAACAAGUUCGUCCUGGCAUGGAUCUCUCUAAAGUUGUAUUGCCAACUUUUAUUCUGGAAUCACGUUCGUUUUUAGAAAAACUGGCCGAUUCGUAUUAUCAUGCCGAUUUAUUGUCCCAAGCAGUAUUGGAAGAUGAUGCAUUUACACGUAUGAAAGCCGUAGUGAAAUGGUAUUUAUCAGGAUUUUACAAGAAACCACAAGGCUUGAAAAAGCCAUACAAUCCGCUUUUGGGCGAAACAUUCCGCUGUUAUUGGCAACAUCCAAAUGGUUCAAGAACAUUCUAUUUAGCCGAACAACUAUCACAUCAUCCACCUAUCUCAGGAUUUUAUGUGACAAAUCGCCAAGAUGGAUAUACUAUCAGCGCUACAAUUAUUGCAAAAUCUAAGUUUUAUGGAAAUUCGACCUCUGCAGUUUUGGAUGGUAUUGCUGUAUUAACGAUGCUGCCGAGAGGUGAAGAUUACACAAUGACAAUUCCUUAUGCACAUUGUAAAGGUAUACUUAUGGGGACAUUAUCUAUGGAACUCGGUGGUAAAGUGAACAUAAUAUGUGAGAAAACCGGUUAUCAUACUGAAUUAGAAUUUAAACUUAAGCCGUUUCUUGGCGGUGCGGAAUUAAUGAAUCAAGUUGUGGGACGAAUACGUCUAGGAAAGGAAACUUUAGCUACCAUUUCGGGAUAUUGGGAUGGAUUACUUUUAAUAACGGACAAGCGGACAGGGCAAGAAAAUAUUUUCUUCAAUCCAACUCCGGAAGUACGCAAAAAAAGAUUGAAGAAAUUUACUGUUCCUUUGGAAUAUCAGGGACCGUGGGAAAGUGAAAAAUUGUGGUAUGCUGUUACACAAGCCAUUAAUAGAGAUGAUCAGGUUGCUGCUACUGAAGCGAAAACUCGACUUGAAGAAGCACAAAGAGAACGCGCUAAAGAAAGAAAGAGUCUAGGACAAGAAUGGGUUCCAAAAUAUUUUGUUCAAGAUAUUAUAACUGGAAAUUGGAUUUAUCGGCAUGCUGACGUAAGACCAUGGGAUCCGAGAAACGAUGUAAUACAGUAUGAAGAAAAUUAUAUAGUACGCACAAAGACUAGGCAUAAAACACCUAUUAUGCGUGCUGGUAGUAUUGUUUCUACUGAACCACAAUCACAGAUUCCAUUAUUACAAGCUGAAUCACGUUCCUCCUUAUCAGUGCUCAAGUCUUCUAAAAGGCAGCUAUCAAAUAAUAUGCCUUUGACAGAAACAGCUCAUGAUUCUGGAAGUUCAUCUGCAGAAGCACAUACCGAUUCUAGUCAAUCCUUAGGAAAAAGAAGACGUUCAACUGCUAGAUUAAUUGGCAUAAUGAAACAAAUGGAACACCAAAUAAUAGAACAUGGUGAGAAAUUAAAUCGUAUACAGCAGAUUGUAGAACAAGUUGUGAAGAAACAAAGAGAAUCUGGUGAACAUCAUAACAUAAAUAUGUUUAAGAGCUUCGUAGAUACUAUACUUAUUAUUGUUAUCGUUUUCUUCGUGCAAUAUUGUUUAAACAUAUGGAAUAAUGAUCCAAUUAAGGAUUGAAGGAUUUAGUAAGAUUGUUCUCCAUCUUUUGUGUUACACUCGUUAUUUAAAUUAUAUAUGUAUCACUUGUUUUUUCUAUUUCCUAAAUUUCUUGCAGCGUGGUGUCGGUAUAUCAUGAUCACAGGUGGAGUAGAUCGUUUCGCGAAAAAAAUAUAAUUUUUAUUACAAAAUACACACAGAGAGAAAGAGAGUGUCCAAAAAGUCCCGCGACACCUGAAUGUCAUGGAGAAUAUAAGUUUUACAAAAAAGUGUUUUAGACAAAAGUUGUAGGGUUUGAAAAGAUCUAUUUAUUGAUCUUUGGUUUGACUAUAAUAAAAUAUUUUUUCAUUAAUCAGUUCUCGAGUUAUAAGACUUGAAAGGUACCACCGGCAUUAGCAUUAUCCAAAGUAUCCGAACAAUAACUGAAACUUUUUGAAUGUUGAACUUUUUGAACUUUUAAAUGUUGUUCA